GCUCCUGGCCUGUUGGUGGCGGCAUUUCGCCAGAUGGUGACAUCGCCUGUUAGUAGAAGAAUGUAGUUGUGGCAACAAUGCUUUUUUGAAGUUUUUCCUCGGAAUACCAUGGUAUAACUCUUCGCUGAACUGUUUAAUGUCCUAUCUAGUGUACUAGACCGUACCCAUUAAAAUACACCAGACUCUGUGAGAUGACAGUGCGCCCUGUGUAGUGCGAUUAAAGCGCUUGGCACCUGGUUACCUUGGCAGAGAGACGCCGGAAGAGUGAGACUGAACAGAUAACAAAUUAGGAGGCACUUAAACACGCUUCAGAAGAGAUACAAAUUAUGUCUUCGCAAUCCGUGAAGAUCCAGAGGCAAGAUGCUGGGCAGCCUUCAAUUAUUAAAUCAAAAUCCAUGCCCAGGAAACAAAGAAAAGCAGCUUUACAACAUCCAUUAGUCUACAGAAUGACAUCCAAACGCAAAGAAAAGACUUGUGAAAACUCCUUAGAAAGGAUGCCAACAGAGAUCAUUCUCAGGAUUCUCUCGUACUUGGAUCCCGGGUCUCUGUUCUGCAUUAGUUUAAUCAACAAGCAUUUCCAGGAACUGUCCAACAGCAACUUUAUGUGGUAUCAGUUUUACAUCCGCGAAUGUAGCAAAAAGAAGAAAGCCAUUGAAGAGGAUCAGAUGAUACUUGAACUUGGUGUGGUGGGUGUGCAGGAGAGGCCAAAGAGAUACUGGAGAAAUGCAUUCUUCAAAGAAGUUGCCGGCCUGAAUGUGAACAAGUGGAGAACAAAACUACAACGCAUUGACCCUUAUUCAGGACUGCCGCGACAUACAGAGGAAGUCAUAAGGAGUCUGUGCAUUACAUGGGAGAUCACAGUGACUGAUGGGAGAGGACGGCGGAGCACCUUUGAGCAGUCUCAUGCCUCCUUCAGCAGUACGGCUGUUUUUGUGUUCUGGGGCGCUGUCACUUGGCCUCCUUUCAACCAGCUCACCUCCCUUGAGCUUCACGGAGUGUUUCGGGUGCCCCUCGAUUGUCCUGCUCCUUACAGGCCGGGCUGGAAAUCAUUUAUGUCCAAAAUAAAGCUUCAAGGAGAACACUGUGAACUGUGUGUUUCAGACAAGAUUGUCAAGAUGCUGUAUGUUGGACAGGGCGUAACUUUGGGAUUCUGGAAGGACCAAUGGGGAAUUGCUUUUGUCAUGGUGAACUUGCACAAUCACAGACUUGUGGAAAGAAGUCUUCAUGCAUCUAUUAGUCCAUGUCCAGCAGCUGGAAUCAGUGCUUUGUUUGAUGAUGUGGACCCGGAGUAUGGUCUCCAUGGAUACACUGCUUACAUUGAACUGCAUAAUACAGUGAAAGUCAUCAUGUCUGACCGCUUUUCCCAGCUGUUUUCCAGAAGAGAUUUGAUUUCUGAUGGUUAUCUUCCACUGGAAGUGAUCAGUGAGAAUAACAGAUCCCCAAAUAUUCAUCAGGUUGGAGAUGUCAGCUUGCCUUGGAGGACUGAAGCUUUACAUGGAACUAUCAAGGACUGUUGCAUGAUCAGCCUCACUGUAUGGGAUGAAGCCAAGCAGCCUUUUUGGUGCGUCAGUGCUCCUGUUGUGAUGACAAAAGCAAGUCAGGACACGGUAUCAUAUGAUUUUGAUGGUGGGAGUUUCUCCAUCCUAUACCAAGACUCAGAGGGGAGGGUGGAGAUGAGACUGAAGCAGAUGGAGUACAAGGAACAGUAUUUUGUGGUUAAUCUAGUGAUUUACAUUGCUGUUGCCAAAGUGAAUAAGCACUUUGGGAGAGAUUAUUGAAGACUUUGUGUGCCAUUUCAGUUUGUAUGACAACCGUUUACUAUAUUAGACUUUAAAUCAAGCGAGGCUGAUUAAACUCCUGUCAAUAUUAUUGUAGCUUUUUCUUUUCAGGUUAAUGUUUUGGCUGAUUGUUUCUAUACAUUUUAAUAUCACCAAACACUUAAAUACACAUUUUCACGGACCGUUAUACUUUAAUCGCAGGAUAUAAAAGUCAGCCUGUCACAAAGAGAGGUAUUUUCAUGUCAAGUCUGAUCAAAUAUAAAUAAUAGAAUAAGAAGAAACCCAUAAAAAAUUCCAUAGAAUCAAGAGCUAAGGAAUAAAAAUGGACCUUUAAGCUGGAUUUAAAAGUGCCAGUGGAGGAGGAGGAGGAUCUAAUGUGAGCUGGGAAACUGUUCCAGAACUGAGAAAUCUCCCUUACAGCAUGAGCGGGACAGGAGGAAGUUGAUUGCAUGACCUUGGGGCAGAGUAUGGAUACCACACUGAGCCGCUUUCGUAACUUAAAGCAAAAUUGUGAUUGUAUUGGUAAUAGCUAAUUGGAAUCUAAUAAGGAAGAUUUGAUCUCUUAGUUUUGAUUUCCACUAAAAGUCUCACUGGUGUAGUGAUGAAACAUCUGGAGAUGUGAUUGAGAUGGGCCUGCAUACAUAUAGUUACAGUAAUCAAGCCGGGAUUGUUUCCAAGUCCUUUCAAAAAAGAAACGCUUUCAAUUUAGCAGCAGAUCUGAGCUGAAAGGCCCUUAGUGACGCAACUAAUCUGCUUGUUAAAAAUGACACAGAGGAUCUCAAUAUUAUUGUGUUAAUUGGUGGAUACUGAAACCAAUGAU